AUGCAUCUUUUUCACUAUUUUCUUGCUGUAUUAAUUAUUGUCCAAGCAGCUGGCCAACAAUCACAAUCAAUCAGUUGGAAUUCGUUUAAACGUCGUUAUGAUAAGCAAUAUAUCGAUGCUAAAGAAGAACAACAUCGUCGUAUCAUUUUCGAAGAUAAUGUAGCAAAAAUUAACCGUCAUAAUUAUGAAGCUAACCUCGGUUUGCACACGUAUACACUUAAAGUAAACAACUUUGCUGAUAUGACACAUGAAGAAUUUCUCAGAAAAAUGGUCAGAAGAUCUAAAACGAAUAUAGCUACGAAAGUUUCUAAAACAUUUCAUCGACAUACAUAUCUUCCACCAUCAAAUGUAGUUAUACCAGAUGCUAUCGAUUGGACUGAAAAGGGAGCAGUGUUGUCAUUGAUUGAAACGCAAGGUCAAUGUGCUUCCAACUACGCAUUCGCAUCGAAAGGUGCUCUGGAAGGGCAACAUUUUCUCAAAACUGGUAAAUUGGUACGUCUAUCAGCACAGAAUAUAAUGGAUUGUUCUGAUAAAUAUGGCAAUGAAGGAUGCAAUGGAGGAACAAUGGAGGCUUCUUAUCAAUAUAUUAAAGAUAACAAGGGAGUAGAUACAGAAGUAAGCUAUCCAUAUGAAGCUAUGGAAGGUGAAUGCCGUUUUAAUCGAACUAAUGUCGGUGCUACCGUUACGGGUUUUGUUGAUAUUCCAUCGGGAAAUGAAACUGCAUUGCAAAUUGCUCUGGCUACUGUAGGUCCUAUAGCAGUUUCUGUUGACGCUAGUCAUUCAUCUUUUAUAUUCUAUUCGGAAGGUGUUUAUAAUUAUCCAAAUUGUUCAAAAACAGAACUAGAUCAUCCUUUCUUUCUUGUUGGAUAUGAUACACUUAUCAAUGGUACAUUUAAACAAGAUUAUUACAUUGCAAAAAAUUCCUGGGGUGAUUCAUGGGGAUUAAACGGAUACAUAUGGAUGAGUCGUAAUAACAAUAAUCAGUGUGACCAUUGGCCACCCAACAGUCCUGAUCUCAGCCCAUUGGAUUACUGUAUUUGGGAUGAAUUUGUAAAGGUCAUCAAUUGGAAUAAAGUGACAUCUAAAACAACACUAAUCCAAGAAUUAAAAAAAGCUGUGAAAAAAAUUCGAAAAGAUGUUGUGUUUGAAAGUUGUAAUUCUUGGACGAAUCGAUUGUAUCGUAUGGCUCAACAUGAUGGAGAUUAUUGA